AUGGACAAGAAGACAGCGUGGAACCAGAAGGAUUUCAAGAAGGCGGAGCAAGCGGCGGCGGUGGAAAGCAAGACGAAAGUGUCGUUUAAUUCAAUCCACUAUUUGGGCCAAUCGGACAUCGAAAACUUGGAUUCGAUUCGAGAAAGCGUGAUUGAGAAGCUCCAAGCAGUGCGACGCGUGAUCGAGCGGUUCAGACGCGAUUUGGAGCAAACGAACGUCAAGUCCAACAGUCAUCGGAUUAAGUACGUUUUGGGCGAUCUUUACAAGAUUCAAGCAAGUUUGAGUUUGGCAUCCGGAUACGUGACUGAGAACAUCGACAACAUAUUGGUGGUCAAGCCGAAGAGCGAAGAGAAGAAGAUCGAAGAGACGCCAGCGGAAUACCUUGCUAAUUUGUAA